AUGGCCCCGAAAGAAGCCGCACUUCAUACCCAAGACCUGAUCGACAUCAUGGUUGAACUCGACCAUUGGAAGUUUGAACCUCGCUUCGCAAAGGCCUUGAAGAUGGCCAAUCGCGGAACACUCUACCAGUUGAACGAACAAGACCUAGAGGACCAUCGCGGAGGUAUCUUCGGCAAAGAAAUCUGGGACUCACCCAUCCUCUCUGGAAAAAACAAUCUCCCCUUGACCUCCCUCCCCACACCCGCGCAAACACAGCGCAUCAUGAUGCUCGAAAUUGGGGGUGACAAUGAGUACACAUUCGCCCCAUCACAUGGCUCUUCUGAUCUCGACGUCCACGCCACAAAGGUCCUGCUCGAGAACAUGCUCAAUCCGACAUAUGCCAGCCGCGGCGCCAUCAUCCACGCCGCAUGUCCCACUCUCGACCGUCUCCGCAAGGACACAUCAGCCUCGCAGAACGACGGAGUUCUCGGCCAGACUGACUUUCAAGUCAGCAUCGCCCCAGCAUGCGAGUUCUUUGACGUGAAGGUUUACGACAAUCGCCGCUAUAUAACGCUUUUGAGCGGCAAACAAGUCAUCAUCGCAUACCCUCCUUCUGUGGAGAACUCUACCAUGCUAACAGCACGAUACGAAGCGCUCGCACGCUCGGCUUCCGGUGCGAUUUGGGACGCAGUCGACCUCCAGUACGGCAUUGCAAUUGUGCAGAAAUCCGGCGAGACACUGGUGCUCCCGCCCUUUUGGUCCUGCGUCGUCUUAUGUACUGAGAUGUGCCACAUCGCCAUUUCCAUCACACAACUUCAAAUGUGGCCCGACCCACGGACACAGCAAAUCGAACUGAUGAAAUUGGCCUCCUCGCUCGCACAUCAUCUCGGCCUCAGUAUAAACUCUCACCUCCCAUGCUUCGACAAUAGGGCUGUUGUUACCGAUAUCUGCAAGAAAUGGGAAGGCGAGAUGAAGGCGAAGUUCGGGCAGCUUCUGGGCAUGAUCGAUGACGAGGCGGAGUGCGACCGCAUAUGUGGGAUCGUCACGCAGGCGUGGAUUCAGCUUGUGCAUGCGAGGCGCGAUAAGAAGCCAGUCUGUAGGCUGUGCAAGGGGCGGCUGGAUAGGGUUAAGGGUUUACCUGGUCCGGAUCAGCAUCUAAUUGACCAUGUGGUGGACACACAUUGCGCUGUGAGGAUGCGAGAGUAG